GUUAUACACUUUGAGCUGGAUUUUUAUCAGACCAGGAAGUGAAUUUGAAAGAGGAAGUUGAUAUAUGUACUACGCGAAAGUUUUAUUUAUUACCACACGUUCAGAGCCAUGAAGUAACAUUUCCUCAACCAAAUCUUUUGCAGAAGAAGAGCAUCCAUAUAAAGGAGACAAGAUGAAUCGACCACUCCCCAGGAAAAUGCUUCCUCUCCCUGAUAAUGAUGCCCCCAAAACUUCUAGACAGGUUCCGCCUCUGCCCCAGGAUGAUAACCAGCCCGCCCCUCCCCUCCCUGGGAGGCGAGCCCCGCCCCCACUUCCUCCCACAGAAUCAGAAAAGCUGCCUCCCAGAAAUCCUUUAGACCGCUCUGAUUCUUCUGAGUACGAGUCAGAUUCAGAUUUUGAUGCUGAUUCUGAUGAAAGUUACGAGAAAAUGCGGGAUAAAUUAGCUCCCCCUGCUAUUCCAAAUCGAGGCUAUCAGCAAAGAAACGGCCCACCAUCACCACCCUCCACCCCGCGCUCCUCCAGACAGCCACCCCCGGAGCCGUCACGUGGCAAAUCGUCCCGCCCACCUCCUCCGUUACGACAGUUACCAACCUUGCCACCUAUCCCCGCCGGAAGGAAAGGAACCCCGCAACCUCCCGUACAGGAUGACGAACCCGAAGAAGUGUAUGAUGAUGGAGAGAUUGGAGAAGAACCAAACGAUAUAUAUGAAGAUGAUGUUGAAGUUGGACCACCGGAAGACGUGUACGAUGAUGGUGAAAUAUUAGAGGAAGAAGAAUACCAUGAACCGGAAUUGGACAUGCCACCCCCUCUCCCUGCACCGCCAAAGAGAGAGCCUCCUCCUCCUCCGCAGUCCUCCAGACCGCCUAUCCGACCCCCUUCUCCCCAGGACGUCUAUGAGGUGGAACCAGACCCGGAACCUAGACGCCCCCAGACAAUCGAUGAUGAUGAGGAUGAUAAUAUUUAUGAAAUGGAACCGGAAGUUAGGGACGAACCUGAAAGAUCACCCCCUCAGCUUCCAAGUAGACCUGCUGCGAACCCCCCUCAGGAAACCUAUGAAAUUGAAGAAGAGCAAGAAGAAUAUGACGAAUUUUCUGUGGAGCAGGAGACAUACGAUGAGUUUGAUCAAGGGCCGGCUGAGGUGUAUGAGGCGGUCAGUGAUGAGACCCCUCCCUCUAUACCAGGCAGACCGAUGCCCCCUCCACCUCCAGCAGUACCAGCGCCAUCAAAACAUACUCCACCAGUUCCAAGAAGCAAAGGUGCUGGUCCGAAACCUACCCCUAAACCACCUGGGGGUGGUGGGCCCAUGGGUAUAGAUCUCAGUGCUAUUACUAACAUCAAACUAAAGAAGGUAGGGGUACCUGCUGAUGAUCGCCCCAAACCCACGGAAACCGAUAAAAUCUACAGUGAAGAGGGAGGCGUCAAAUCAGCAUUUGAAAAGUUCAAACAAAAAGAAUCUGGAGGUGUAGGCCAAAUAGAUUUUCGAAGUCUUUUGUCUAAACCUAAAAAUAACAUUCCACCCCAAGACAUUGGAAAUAAACCUGUAGAAAAACCACCCCCACCGACUCCUCUCAAGCCUUCAGUGAAUAGAUGGGGGCAAAACAAGGGUCAAGGUGAUACAAACUCACAGGAGCAACAUCCAGUGGUGUCAAAAUCACUCCCCCCUGUUCCGCACAAACCGACGGAAGACCAGCACUCUCAGACACAUCCAGGGUCCUCUUCUCCCUUUCCUUUCAAAUCUAAGCACAGUGAUCCAUUAUCGGAAAUACAAACGCCAUCUAUUAGAGUAUCACCUCUUCCUGGCCCUGUUCCCAGGAAAGAGGUACCAAUGCCUCCCAGGCAACCAUCUCCAAGUCCCGACCUCCCUCCUAUACCGGCCCUGAGGCGGUCACCCUCGCCGGCCAGAGAUGCCCCUCCCCUACUUCCUCCCUCUAAGUCCAUACCAGACAAACCUGCGCCAGCUCCUUACUCUCAGGUCAAACCGAACACCAACGUUUCCAAUGGAACCAAACUAGGCGUCCAGGAAGACCAACAAUCGUCUGGCGAUGAGGAUGAUGAUAUAUACGACGAUGCUAUCUCAAAUCGAGAUCCCCUGCUUGGUGAACCUUGGUAUUUUAAAUCGUUAAAAGAUAGGAAAACAGGAGAUAAAUUAUUACGAAAAGUUGGCAAGGAUGGAACAUUUUUGAUACGAGAGAGUACCAAACAAGGCCACAUACAACCUUACACGAUGAUGGUAUUAUUCCAGAAUAACAUCUAUAACUUAAAGAUAAGGGUACGACCAGACGGUAAAAUGGCCCUAGGAGAGGAGAAGCCAGAUGAAAUGUCCUUUAUGGACGUCCAGAAGCUUGUUAAAUACCAUAGGGAAACGGAAGUUAUUCUUGUUGGUAAUACGGGACAACACAAAACAUUACUCAAGUGUUCUCCACCACAGAAUGCUCUUUGAGCAUGCACAGCACGAGAUUAACGCAAUAGGUUGAGUUUUCAGAUUAAGAAGAGCAUUGAUUUUGUGUGAUUCUCAUAAUACCUUCCAUAGGAUAUAAAUUAUCAUUUUACUUGAAAUGUUUUCAAAUUCAAAUUUUUAUCAUUUGCAAAUGCAUCUAUAGUAAUCGAACGAACAUCUUUACUUGUUUCACUGUAUGCCACAUACACGCAGAACUGGUUUUGAUUUGUUUUUAUUUAUCAUUUGCAAUGUCUGCCGAUUAUAAUUUCCCAUAUACUAAAUGAGAACAAUAUGCAUGUUAAUCCAUUUAAUUGAAUGUUUUGCCUAUAUAAAAUUUUUGAUCAAAUGUCACAAAUUUACAACAAAAUAUUUUUAUUUUUAAUGAUACAAAUCAAUGUGACAACGCAUUUGAUCAAACAAUUGUCAUGUAUUCAAUAUACGUUAACAUUUGUGAUCGUUAAGGGUGCUAUUUGAAGGUUGGAGCUACGAAAAUGUUCCCAAGGUGACAUAUGUUCCAGGGGUCAUAGAUGUGUUACAACGAAAAAAAAAGAUUGUCCCCUCAUAAAUAUAGCUGAAUUUCAGUGUAUGAUAAUUUGGUAGGUCAGUAAAUUGCAUAUAUAUCUUGUGUGCGGGAAAAAAUUAUCUUUUAUUAGUCUCUGAUUUUUUUCUUUAUUGGCGAAAUAGAUGUCAAAUUGAUGUCUAGUUUUCUUUUUGGAAAUGAAAUUCGCCAGUGUGAAAAUGAGUAGGCGUGUGAUGUAUUUUUAUUUUUUCUCAUUAAAAUAUUUCAUUUUACAAUGAUACAGUUCCGUUGAUUAUAAAGUAUGAUUUUAGUGAUUUAAGGGUUUGUUUUGUUUUUGUUUUUUUUUUCAUUUGUGAACUGAUAUAAUAAACAAAAACAAAACUUAAGGUUUGGAAGCAUUAUUUAUUUUUUGCCUAUAUUGUAGAAAGCUUUAUUUUUGCAAAAUUCUAGUAACAAUAUUUUUGCAGUUAAUUUUUUCCAUAUUGAGAAAACUAUUUAUUCAUCUUUUCUCGUGAAUUAAGAAAGAAUUUUCAUAAUAAAGAUUUUUUACUGUUUGGUGAAAUUCUUAAGAAAAUGUUUGAAUCGCAGAAUUUUUUUAAAUUUCCACAUAUCAUGAAAUAUUAACUAUAUACAUGUAGUGAUAACAAAAAAUAACACUCUGAAACCUAUAUCAGAUGACUCUUGGAGUUUAAGCUUUAAAAAAAGAGGCACAUUCAUAUUGUUUAUAGAUGUAUGAUCGUUAUGUAACUGUAUACUUUAAUAGACAUAUAUGGACGACAACCGUCGUAACAUAUACAAGCGCACGUGUGAUAUUGCACCCAUUCCUUGGACACAAACAAUACAUUCCACUAGUAAAUAUCAAUAUUUUUAUCUUUCUUGUCAAGCCUAUAUUGGUAGUUAUUGAUGUAGUUAAUUUUGUAUUCAUAUUCUAAAGGAUUGAAAGGGUUAAAAUCCAUUUCUUGAAAUGUAUUCAUUUGUAAUUAUUAUUAGAUUUACUUUAACGCUUAGUGUGUUAUAUUUUUUGGCAUAACUUGUUCUUUCGUUUUCAUUUUUUCCACUUUCUUGAAUUGCCAAGAUUUAUUUUAGUAGCUGAAUGCUUAUUUGUGAUCAAAUGAAUGUCUGGGUUUUUUUUAAAAUAAUGCAUUUGUAGCAAUUUAAUGAAAUAAAUUUGAUACAUCAAAAUGAUUUGUAUGUUAUAUAGAGAUAGAAACAAUUUUCUUACAUUAAUUUUGAUUUUGUAUACACAUUGUUAAUGAGCUCAUUAUUUUUCACAGUCCUACGAAAUUGAACGUGAAAAUUGUUAGUAAAGUAUUCUUUACAAUAUCAGAUUUUCAAAUAAAAUUAUGAAAUACUUA